CGGCGCCCCGAGCCCGUCCCCGUCCCACAGGGGACGCUCCGGGGACGCCGGACACAACGAAAUGAGAGGCGAGGAGGCGCGGGGCCGACGCGUCAGCGGCACAGGGAAAAUUCGUCUCACACUCCCGCCAAAUCCCGCCGCUCCCGCCAAAUCGCGCCUAUACCGCCGCGCACAGGCCUCCCAAAACACAUCCCACCGCCGAUUCAUUUCUCCUAUCCCGCCGAUUUCUUUCUCCCUCCCGCCGUCCACCCGCCGCCGCUACCCUCUCCCCAUUCCAUGGCGCCGCCGACAGCCCCCAAAAAGAUGGCGAAGAAAGCGGCCAAGAAGCCGCCGGGCAAUGCGACGAUAGGGGCGAAAGCGCCGUUCGCGAAGCCGCGGAAGGCGCCGGCUGUGAAGAAGAAGCCUGAAGGAAUGACCGACGAUGAAUGGCAGCAAGAUUGCCUGCGCCGGAAGCUAUCGACGGCGGAGCGGAAAGGACGGAGGGCGGUGGAGCUGGAGAAGAAGGCUCAGGCGGCGCGCCAGCACCAGCACGUAAUGGCCGGGUGUAUCGCAGCCACCAACGCGAGCCCAUGGAGUACGUCCAUGCCGGUGUACGUUCCCGGAGUGAUCUCUCCGUCGCAAGCCGCCUUCUACAACGACGGCCCCUCCGCCACUCCCGGGUGCGUGACGCCUAACUUGUCGCCGCACUACCAGGAUGCGCUGCCGCACGGCGGCUUCAACCCCAACAACCUCUACUCCCCGGCGUACGAGCAGCGCGAGCCAGGCCCCGGUCCGGACGGCGACCCUUUCACCGGCCGCAGGGGUCCGCUCGAAUACGACGGCGCCGGUGCUGAGGAGGACGACGGGGUUGAGGAGGACGACGAGGAAGAGGAGGGGGUGGAGGACGACGAGGAGGACGAUGAUGAGGACGAAGAGGGCGGCGACGAAGAGGACGACGAGGGUGCCGGUGACGAUGAUCUCGUGGAGGUAGACGCGGACGGCGUGAGGACGAAGAAGAAGAAGAAGAAGGCGUCGGGCACACGAGGCCCGAAGUGGACGCCUCUGGAAGAUCUUUGCCUGUGCGAGUCGUGGGCGACGGUGAGCCAUGACUCCAUCAUCGGCGCCAACCAAAAAGGCGGGAAGUAUUGGGCGAGGAUCAAGACCGAGUUCGAUGAGCGCAAGCUCAUCAACAGCGACUACCAGAAAGUGACAAUGAAGAGGAGCCAAAAGGCAAUGUCGACGCGAUGGGCCAUCAUCCAGGCGUCGGUGAACUCCUUCCAUGGGUACCAUCAGGACUUAGAGACCAGAGGCGACAGCGGCGCCGACGUCGCCCAACUGUUUGAUCGGGCCAUGGAAAUGUACGCCAAGAACUCGGAAGGUCACAAGCCGUUCGCGCUGAUGCAUUGCUAUGGCAAGCUCAAAGUGAAUGAGAAAUGGAGGCUGACGCGCCUGUCGCUGUCCAAGGGGAAGGACGCCAUUGAUCUGGACGCGCCGCCGGCAACUUCGACAGGGGCGUCCCUAUCGGCAACAAGGCUGCCAAGACCUGUACAUUGGCACGCGGUUCCGCGCCCGCUGGCCAUGACUUCGUGCACAGGGAAGCGCCGGCGCUCCGCGGUGGCAACUUUGGAUGCUGCCAUGGCGGCGGCCCCCUCUCUCUCUCCAUGGGCGUCGAUCCUUCCUGGAGAUUUGCUUCGCCUGAUAGCGGGGCUUGUUUUGGAGGGCGAUUUCCUGGAUUACGUUCGCUUCCGCGCCGUCUGCACCAGUUGGCGGUCUGGCACCCUAUGUCCGCGCGGCCGCGGCGUCACCGAUCUGCGCUUCCACCCGCGCCGCUGGAUGAUGCUCACCGAGGGUCACGGCCUCUACCCCGGAUAUGGCAAGCUGGAUGGUUACGUCCGCUUCUUCAACCUCUACACGGGUACCUUCGUCCGUGUCAAGCUCCCGUUGUUCAGAAAUCACUGCGCGCUUGACAGUGUCGACGGCCUCCUCCUACUCCAAAGGGAUGAAGACACCGUCAUCUGUGUCCUCCACCCUUUCACUAGCGACAUUGCAGAGCUCCCACCACUGUCUACCCUCCUCACUCAGCUGGAUGGUGAUCGCAACCAAGUACCUGAGUGUGAGAAGUGGUUCUUCAUCAGAUACAAUAUAUGUGCUUCAGUUUCCUGCAAUGCUGGGAUCACCUCCGUCAUGCUUGCAUCCCAUUAUCAAUCUCGUGUAGCCUUUGCUACCUCGCAGGACAGGCAUUGGACUGUGACAAGCUGGAAGGCCCCGAUAUUUAGGGCCACACGUACAGUCAGCUUCUUACUGAAUGACAGCUUGAACAAGUCUGGAGCAAUCAAAGCCGGGGCUUCCACUUCUAACGGAUGCAAAUCUUUGGUGAAGAACUUGCCAAAUACACAGGGUAACUUGCAGAGGAUUGCAUCAGGAAAGCCAUGCAAAUCAAAUCACAAACAAAAAUCUCUGAUUGAUAUUCCUUCCCAUUUUUGGUGGUACAUUGAUUACUUCUCCUACCAGAAAUGUUGGUUCAGCUUCUACCUCCCUAUCUGUCUCAUCAGACCUGCACAUUGGCACGCGGUGAUGACACCGUCGUGA